CGUAACUUGUGAUUGGUGGACGUUUCCGGACAAUAUGAAUGGCAGCGUGUAUUGUUCGCCGUUCCUAUCCCACGGCGGCAGCAACUUUUGUGACGCCCAGCUUGUGGUAAAGUGUGAUUUAAACUUCUCGGAAUAACAUCCAGACGGUAAACGUGGUCAUUAUUCGUUAAGAAAGUCAGUCAGCGGCGAGUGAGACGUUGGGCGUGUUUCGUCGCCUUUCCACGACACUUUCUCCCCGGAGACCUGCGGUGUGUUUAAGUCAGCUGGGAUUUAAAUGGUUAACUCCUUUUAGCAGGGACCGCUAACUUAUUUGCAUUAAAAAGCCGAGAGGAGGAGAUUCCAUUGACUCUCUUGUUCUUUGGAUUGCAAAGUUUGAGCUGCCUAACCCCUCCAGAAACGGCUUGACUGCAUCGACAAGUUGGGCCGCGUUUGGCUGCAUUCAGCCAGGCUGGGGAUGGAGAUGGAGGAUCCCGACACUCCAGACUUUGGAUCCUUGAAGGAGGAAGUUCACUACUGGAAGGAGAAGACUGCCAAGCACCGGCAGAGUGCUGAGGAAGCCCAGGAAGAGCUGCAGGAGUUCCAGCAAAUGAGCCGCGACUACGAGGCAGAGCUGGAAGCAGAGCUCAAAGUGUACGAGACGAGGAACCGUGAGCUGCUGGCCGCUAACAACCGCUUGCGAAUGGACCUCGAAAACUACAAGGAGAAGUACGGCACACAGCACUCGGAGGCGUGUCGUCAGAUGUCGACGCUGGAGGGCGAACUGGCCGAAGCAACGUCCAUUCGCGACCACCUGCACAAGUACAUCAGGGAGCUGGAACAGGCCAAUGACGACCUGGAGCGAGCCAAGAGGGCCACCAUCAUGUCUUUGGAAGACUUUGAGCUGCGCAUGAACCGGGCCAUCGAGAGGAACGCCUUCCUGGAGAGCGAGCUGGACGACAAGGAGAACCUUCUGGAGUCCGUGCAGAGGCUCAAGGAUGAAGCCAGAGACCUACGCCAGGAGCUCGCCGUGCAGCAGAAGCAGCAGACGCACACGACCAACACCUCCACAGAGCCUUCCUCCUCCUCCUCAUCAUCAUCGUCGGCGCCCUUCCCCUCGCCGCCCCUCACACCUCCAGACAAAAAGACUGAAGACAAAAUGUCCGCCAACACGCACAUCCGAGCGCCCUCCGCACCCAAAACGCCGUCCGUCGACACGGGUGACAGUAGCACGUCUGUGAGUCCUCUGACGACGUCGGCCAGAAUUUCUGCGCUCAACAUUGUCGGCGAGCUGCUCAGGAAAGUCGGGAAUCUGGAAUCCAAGCUGGCGUCGUGUCGCGAGUACGUCCACGAGCAGCCGGCCGGCCGCAGACUCCCGGCCGAGAAUCUCCCCGCCGCGCCGCCCGCCAACGGACACUACCACAAAGGGCUGGUCAAGAGGUUGGACUUCGGAACUGGAGCCAAACUGCUGCUGUGAGACGAGAUUUCAGACCUCUCGGGCCUUUCCUGGUGUGGCCACGAGUGUGUGAGAGAACAAAUCGGCACUCGCACUUAACUCACUGACUGACUUUUUUUUUUUUUUUUUGGUACGACACUGUUUUUUUCUGCUGUGGCAGACCAUAGGAAAAGUGACAUUUGUGUUCGUCACGUCAAAAAUGGUUUUGUGUGAAGAUGAGUAUUGCAGCCACACUGGGGGGGAAAGCAAUACUGAGAUUGAAGUUAGAUUUUUUAAAUUACUUUUUCCAGACCAAAAAAAAAAAAUAAAUCAUCAUCUUAUUAUGGAGGAAAAAAGAUUGAAAAGUCUUUUAGUUUUUCAGGGAUAAAUGGUGUUUUUCUAGAAAUAUUUUGGUACUGUAAAAAAAACAUUACAUGAAUAAAUCCAUUUUAUUUUUAAAACGACAUUACAAGAAUAGUCAGAAAUGGUGGCAAGUUACGACAGAUUUUUUCCCCCCUCAAGAUUAGUCUGAUUUCAAGAAAAAAAAGGUGAAGUUAUCUCAGAUGACCUUUUAUCUGAAAAAACUGCUUAAUUUUUUUUUCAUCAUGCAGUAUAUUUUCUUUUCAGUGUGGUCGUCAUGCGCCAUAAUUUUCAACUUUUACAAACUAGAAAACAAGCACUUUUUUUUUCCAGUCCUGGUGCCUCCAACACCGUGUGGCCAUUUGUGGUACUGCGCUUAGAAUUGCCUUCCUUCAUAGUGUUAAUGUAUCAUGUUUUUACAGAAACAUGUCUGAGAUGUUGUUGUUGUUGUUUAUGUCGUUUUAGGAAAUGUUGAAGCUCUUUGAGCCUAUUUUAAAUGAAUAGCUUUGCUUUACCGGCUCGGCACUGGCUCUUUAUAUUUUCAAUAAAGAAUUUGUUUUUCUA